AUGACUUUUCGUCAGAAAGCUGUAACCACACGACAAUUGUUUACGGUAACUAUCGCUAAAGACACUUUACCUGAUUUUGAAGCUAAGCUCAAAACAUUCUACACUGAGCAUUUACACACGGAUGAAGAAAUACGAUUGGUUUUGGAUGGUUCGGGAUAUUUCGACGUCAGAGAUGAAGCAGAUAAAUGGAUUCGAAUUGAAGUUGAUAAAAACGACUUAAUAAUUAUACCAGCGGGAAUCUAUCACCGUUUUACAUUGGACAUGAAGAACUACAUCAAGGCGAAACGCUAUUUCGUAGGAGAACCCAUUUGGCUACCUUAUAAUCGCCCAGCAGAUGAUAUGGAAUGUCGUAAGAAAUAUUUACAUGAUCAAUCCAGAUUGAUCUCUGAGUGCGCUCAGUAAUUUUGUUGAACUUAAUAAAUGAACAUUGUAAAGGACUUUUAAUAAAUAUUUGAAUUUUGCAUACAAUUUA